AUGGCAUCAGCGGCGAGUGGCGCCACGGGAUGGUACAGGGGAAGAGUGAAGGCUGUCCCUUCUGGGGAUUGUUUGGUCAUUGUGGCAAUUUCCAGCGCUAAACCUGGUCCUUUGCCUGAAAAGACCAUUACUCUAUCUUCUUUAAUGGCACCUAGACUGGCACGUAGAGAUGGUGUGGACGAGCCAUUUGCAUGGGAAAGUAGGGAAUUUCUGAGGAAGCUCUGCAUAGGGAAGGAAGUGACCUUCAGAGUGGACUACAACGUGCCAGCCAUAAAUCGUGAUUUCGGAACUGUUUUUCUCGGGGACAAAAAUGUUGCUGUGCUGGUUGUUUCCCAAGGAUGGGUUAAGAUAAGGGAGCAGGGGCAGCAGAAAGGAGAAGCGAGUCCAUACCUGACAGAAUUGUUACGCCUGGAAGAACAAGCUAAACAAGAUGGCCUUGGCCGAUGGAGCAAGGUUCCUGGUGCUGCGGAGGCAUCAAUCAGAAAUCUACCACGUUCAGCCAUUGGUGACCCUAGUAACUUGGAUGCUAUGGGUUUGUUAGCAGCAAACAAGGGAUUGCCCAUGGAGGCAAUUGUUGAGCAGAUUCGUGAUGGCAGUACACUCCGAAUCUAUUUGCUCCCACAAUUUCAGUUUGUCCAAGUUUUUGUUGCUGGAAUUCAGGCCCCACAAAUGGGAAGGAGAGCUGCGCCUGAAAGUGUUGUUGAACCGGAAUUGACAUCUGAUGAUACUAAUGAAGAUGUUUCUGGGGAACCUCGAGGUACACUUACAUCCGCACAAAUACUUGCUGUUUCAACAUCUGCUGCUGAAACUGCUGCUGAUCCUUUUGCACAUGAGGCUAAAUUUUUCACUGAGAUGCGUGUAUUGAAUCGAGAUGUUCGGGUUGUCUUGGAAGGUGUUGAUAAGUUCAGCAAUUUAAUUGGAUCAGUGUAUUAUCCUGAUGAUGAUUCCGCAAAGGACUUGGCAAUGGAGCUUGUAGAAAAUGGUUAUGCAAAAUAUGUUGAAUGGAGUGCUAAUAUGAUGGAAGAAGAGGCAAAGCGAAAGCUGAAAAAUGCAGAGCUACAAGCUAAGAAAAACAGAUUAAGGAUGUGGACAAACUAUGUACCACCACCUUCAAAUUCAAAGGCAAUUCAUAACCAGAAUUUUUCUGGGAAGGUGGUUGAGGUUGUGAGUGGAGAUUGUAUUGUUGUUGCUGAUGAUUCCAUUCCAUAUGGUAGUCCACUAGCAGAGAGGCGAGUUAACCUUUCAAGUAUUAGGUGUCCAAAAAUGGGGAAUCCUCGUCGGGAUGAAAAACCAGCUCCCUAUGCCCGUGAAGCAAAGGAGUUCUUGAGAACACGCCUCAUUGGUCGUCAAGUCAAUGUUCAGAUGGAAUAUUCUAGAAAGGUUUCUCCCACAGAUGGAUCUAUAGUUCCAUCAGCAGCAGUGGAUUCCCGAGUAAUGGAUUUUGGAUCAGUCUUCUUAUUGUCCAAUGCAAAGGUUGACAGUGAUGAGGCUGUCUCAUCUGCUCCACCUGGUGGAAGUCAGCAAAAUGGUGUGAAUGUUGCAGAAUUGGUAGUUGGUCGUGGCUUUGGAACUGUCAUUAGACAUCGUGACUUUGAAGAGAGAUCUAAUUAUUAUGAUACACUUCUCGCUGCUGAAACACGUGCCAUUUCUGGAAAGAAAGGCAUCCACUCUGCCAAGGAUCCCCCAGUGAUGCAUAUAACUGAUUUGACUGCCGUAAACAAAAAUGUAGUUAAGAAAGCCAAAGAUUUUUGUCCUUUCCUGAAAAGAAGUAGAAGGGUUCCUGCUGUUGUGGAAUACGUGCUCAGUGGACAUCGUUUUAAAGUGUUGAUUCCUCGAGAAACUUGCAGCAUUGCUUUCUCUUUUUCUGGAGUUAGGUGUCCAGGUCGUGAUGAACCAUAUUCAGAUGAAGCAAUUGCAUUGAUGAGGAGAAAAAUAAUGCAAAGAGACGUUGAGAUAGAGGUUGAAACCGUGGAUAAAACUGGGACAUUCUUGGGAUCCUUAUGGGAGUCAAGAAACAAUGUAGCAGCUACUCUGCUCGAAGCUGGUCUUGCAAAACUCCAAACAUCCUUUGGCAGUGAUAAAAUUCCUGAUUUUCAUCUUCUGGAGCAAGCUGAAGCAGCUGCGAAGAGGCAAAAGCUGAAAAUCUGGGAGAAAUUUGUUGAAGGAGAGGAAGUAUCCAAUGGUGCAGCAAUUGAAAACAAACAGCAAGAAGUGCUUAAGGUAAUUGUUACAGAAGUUUUGGGUGGUGGCAAAUUUUAUGUUCAGACAGUUGGAGAUCAAAAGAUUACAUCCAUUCAGCAACAACUAGCUUCUUUGAAUCUGAAGGAUGCUCCUGUGAUUGGUGCUUUCAAUCCUAAGAAGGGUGAAAUAGUGCUUUGUUAUUUUCAUGCCGACAAAUCUUGGUACCGGGCAAUGAUUGUCAACACACCACGAGGACCAGUUGAAUCCCCUACUGACAUGUUUGAAGUAUUCUACAUUGACUAUGGAAAUCAAGAAGCAGUACCCUACAGUCAGCUACGGCCUUUUGAUCCAUCUGUCUCUGCUGCACCUGGUCUUACUCAACUGUGUAGCCUUGCUUACGUCAAGAUUCCAAACUUGGAAGAGGAUUUUGGCCAAGAAGCAGCUGAAUAUCUGAGUGAACUGACUUUAAACAGUGGAAAAGAGUUCAGGGCCAAGGUUGAGGAGAAAGAUACCUCGGGAGGAAAAGUUAAAGGACAGGGAACUGGGACAAUUCUUGCCGUAACUCUUGUGGCUGUGGAUGCUGAGAUCAGCGUUAAUGCUGCCAUGCUACAGGAAGGGCUCGCUAGGACUGAAAAAAGAAAUAGGUGGGACCGAAAAGAACGACAGUCGGCUCUUGAUAACUUGGAGAAUUUCCAGGAAGUAGCAAAGACCAGUAGGCGUGGGAUGUGGCGGUAUGGAGAUAUUCAGUCAGACGACGAGGACAGUGCUCCUCCUCCUAGAAAGGGUGGCGGUGGUGGUCGGAGAUGA